AUGCUACAGGGUCACUAUAAUGCUACAGGUCACCACAAUGCUACAGGUCACCACAAUGCUACAGGUCACCAUAAUGCUACAGGUCACCACAAUGCUACAGGUCACCAUAAUGCUACAGGUCACCACAAUGCUACAGCUCACCACAAUGCUACAGGUCACCAUAAUGCUACAGGUCACUAUAAUGCUACAGGUCACCACAAUGCUACAGGUCACCACAAUGCUACAGGUCACCAUAAUGCUACAGGUCACCACAAUGCUACAGGUCACCAUAAUGCUACAGGUCACCACAAUGCUACAGGUCACCACAAUGCUACAGGUCACCACAAAUGCUGCCAACAGAGCCACUUAAUGUUAACUUGA